AGCGACUCAGUGUAUCUUCGACCACAGCUUCAUCGUACGGCACCACAUUUACUGGGCGAAAAGGACUCGAACCUUCUUGUCAAGACAACUUUCGGAGACGAGGAGAGGAUGCAUGUGUAUCAAGCAGCUUCUCAUGCUACCACCUUUGCCUCAGCAGUCAUCAGAGGACAUGAAUUCAGAGAUCUUCAAUUCCAUGCCAAACCCGACAUCGACACACCCAUCCAUCUCGCGAUUUUGGAGGGAGAGGUGGGUGCAUUUGGGGGGAGGAUGUGUAGAGGGUUGAUGUGGCCAAGAACCUAGGAAGGCGGCUGUGGUAGAGAGCAGUGCAAUGGAUAAUGAGGGUAGGACUAGACUGGGGAUUUUGCAGAUGGUUACGGAGUCCUCUGUCGCGCCCAUUCUUCCCUCAUUCUUUUGGCGAACAACUUAUUCAACGACCUUCGCUAGGAGUGUCACUGUCUAUGGAAUUAUGCACUGCAUCAUGUGCAUUGUUGGACUCAAAGGGAAAACGCACGAGCUGCUACUCAUACCCUGAGGUUGCUUCGAGGAAGGUUACAUAA